AUGUCAGCAAUCGCCUCAUCCAUGCUGGACAAAUGGGCAGUCCAAGGAGGAACCCACACUGAGUUUGAGAUUGAUGCAAGUAAAAAAUUCCAAACUUUGAGUUCUGAUGUCAUUUCCUGUGUGGCAUUUGGAAGUAGCUAUGAGGAAGGAAAGCGAGUUUUUCAAUUGCAAGAAGAACAGAUAAAACUUGCCCUCCUUGCAAUGAGAACCUUCUACUUUCCUGGCUUCAGGUUCGUACCGACAAAGAAGAACCGAAGAAGGCAUAGCCUAAACCAGGAAAUCCGAAGUUCUCUGCGCAAAUUGAUUGAGACCAAUGGAAGGAAGUGUGAGGACUCCAAAAAUUUGCUUGGAUUGAUGCUAUCAGCCAGCAAAACAGACAAUGGGUUUAAAAUGGGAAUUGAAGAGAUCAUUGAUGAGUGCAAGACAUUUUACUUUGCCGGUAAAGAAACAACUGCAAAUUUGUUAACAUGGGCAACACUUCUAUCGGCAUUGCAUAAAGAGUGGCAAGAUAAAGCACGCGAUGAAGUCCAUCAAGUAUGUGGCAAGAACAAGCACCCAAACGCGGAAAACCUGAAUGCUACAGCCUUUGUAAAUAUGGUGCUGAAGGAGACCCUCAGGCUCUACCCUCCAGCUUUGUCUCUCAGCAGGACAGCCACUAAGGAUGUCAAGCUGGGCAAACCUGACAUCCCUGCGGGCAUGCAGCUCAACCUGCCCCUUGUUGACAUUCACCAUGAUGUCGACAUAUGGGGUGCUGAUGCGGAGGAAUUCGAUCCGUCGAGGUUUGCAGAUGACAAGAGCUAUCACCUCGGCGCGUACUUCCCCUUUGGGAUUGGCCCUGCCAUCUGUGUUGGCCAGAAUAUUGCGAUGGUUGAGGCAAAGCUGGUGAUUGCAAUGGUCCUCCAGCGGUUUGUGAUUGAUGUCUCGCCAUCCUAUGUUCAUGCGCCGAUGAUGGUGAUGACCCUCCAACCCCAGUACGGUGCUCAAGUUCUUGUCCGCAAGAUCUGA